AAAGAUCAUUUCCCUGUGAGGCAAGCUACUUCCUGCUGACUGCAGCGGACAGCGUGGUAGAUGUUUUGAGAAAGCGGAGCAGUAUUGCGUAGUAACAAUAACCAAGCCAUUAUUGUAACCUAGAACGAAGUAGAAAACGAUUCGGCAAUAUGUUUUCCUUCAAUAUGUUUGACCACCCGAUUCCUCGGGCUUUCCAGAAUCGCUUCUCCACGCAGUACCGCUGCUACUCCGUGUCUAUGCUUGCGGGACCCAAUGACCGCUCGGACGUGGACAAAGGUGGAAAGAUCAUUAUGCCCCCAUCUGCCCUGGACCAGCUUAGUCGACUUAAUAUCACGUAUCCAAUGCUGUUUAAGCUGACAAAUAAAAAUUCAGAUCGCAUGACACAUUGUGGUGUGCUGGAGUUUGUUGCAGAUGAGGGCAUCUGUUAUCUUCCACACUGGAUGAUGCAGAACCUGUUGUUGGAAGAGGGGGGUCUGGUGCAGGUGGAGAGUGUCAAUCUCAUGGUGGCUACAUACUCCAAAUUCCAGCCACAGAGUCCUGAUUUCCUGGAUAUAACCAAUCCCAAAGCAGUGUUAGAAAAUGCUUUGAGAAAUUUUGCAUGCUUAACCACUGGUGAUGUGGUUGCAAUCAACUACAAUGAAAAGAUCUAUGAACUACGAGUAAUGGAAACCAAACCAGACAAGGCUGUAUCUAUCAUUGAAUGUGACAUGAAUGUGGAUUUCGAUGCCCCAUUGGGGUACAAAGAGCCAGAGAGAAGACCACAACAGCGCGAGGAGCCCACCGAAGAAGAGGCUGAUCCAAGCAGCUACGGUGAGAUGGAUUUAGGAUUCAGAGCAUUCGCUUGCUCAGGAAACCGACUUGAUGGGAAGACGAAAGGAAUUGAGCCCAGCCCAGUGCCCAUUGAUCCAAGCGACAUUAAGAGAGGGAUCCCUAACUAUGACUACAAAGUUGGAAGGAUCACAUUCAUCAGAAAUUCACGACCACAGCCAAAGAAAGUGGAUGAUGAUGAUGCUCUGAGCAGGUUCAUCGCCUUUUCAGGGGAAGGACAAUCACUGCGCAAGAAAGGAAGGAACCCUUAAGAGGAGGAGACAGCUGUGUGCUGAAGAAAGUGUAACUCGAGGCUUCCUGCUAAUUUAAGUUAUUGCUUGACUAGUAAUAAAACAUGAAUAUAAUGCUGUGUUUAAAAAUAAAUAAUAAAAAAACUGGAACUCGUUGCCUUUCUGGAGAAACUUUCUGCUGCAUUAUGUCUUGUCUAGCAUAUAAUAGCAUUCAGAACCGUGUAACGGACAGACAUUUUAAGAUAUACUGUUAGCCAUGUUAAAAACAGCUUUUACAGCCUGCUGGAUCGGAUCUGAUGAAUGAAUGCAGUGCAUGGAAUCACACAUGUUUGGAGUGGAGUUUUCACAUGGUGACACCAAUGUUUUGGCAUUAUUUUUGUAUUUUGAUAAUAGUGUAUGAAAUGGCCUUUUACUGGAUUUGAAGUUUAAGGAAAGAGGCUCUUAUAAAAUACAUCUGGAAGAGUUUCAUUUGAAAGGAAUGUGAGUUUAAAUUAUAUACAAGUUUAAAACAAAAGUAUGUAGUACUUUUAAUAAAGAGCAAAACGUCA